GCCAACGCACGAGCUGAGUCGCGCCAGCAACGUCGAGCCAGACGCAACGUUUACGUUUCUUUUCUGAGAAUCAACAACGAAAUAUUACGCAUACGCGACGUGCCACAAGUGCGGCCACUAACAAACAAAAAAAAAGGAGUUUUUCGGGCCCCAAAAACACGCGCUCGUUAGUGAAAUUCCUCGUUUACGGUUAACUGUAGUUGUUGUUGUUGGUGAAUGGAGCAGUCGGGCGCAUAAUUUGGAUAGCAGCCGUUUGGCCGCGGCGCAGAGAAACGGAGUUCCAGGAUAACAUACUCUCGUACUCGUACUCGCUUAAAGCUGGCCAUAAAAGUGCGUGUUACCAAAAUAUUUAUCCAGCUACUGGCCAACAGCAGCAAAGGCGGCCAUGUGGCAGCAACUACAUACAACGUACAACGCAGCUGUUGCCCUGGGCACGGACGUCAAGACACGCUACGGCAAUGAGGCAAUGAGAUAAACCACAAGACCACCAGCAACCAACUACCAACGAUAGAGAGUAAACCAUAACCAAGCCAAAGCGCCUGGCAAAUGCAAUCUACUUUGUACGCCUCUUGGCCAAGUGCCACGUAGCUCUGCACAUCCACAACACACAACCCAAAAACCACCGGCAAGGAGCAACAGCAAAGCUAGAGCAACAGAGUCAAGUCUGAGCUUGAGCUUGAGUGAGAGAAGCAGCAGAAGCAGCUGUGGAAGAGAAGUGGAAGCGACAGCUUGCGGCCCGUCAUGUUGCGAGAUAUCUUUCUAUAUUUAGUUCUAAUCGUUUUAUUUUGCUUUAUUUUCAUGGCGCAGUUAAUCGUCAACGUUUACGCAUUCCAACGCCAGCCAACGCCGGCGCAGCGGGCCGAACGCAAUGAAAUUAUAUUUGUCUAGGGUCCCCGGAGGCCCGGUCGAGGCGCCCCCCAUUUUGCCCCCAAAAGGCAUAAGUCAAGCAUUUCGCUUGGUCCCCGUCUCUGUCUCCAUCUCCGUCGUCGUCUGCUCUGCUUUGGUUUGCCAUUUAAUGAGCGCCACACAGACUGAGAGAGCGAGAGACACAACAAAAACUUAAAGCUCAAAUCAAAGAAAACUCGUUGAGCCGGCAGCAGUUUGCCCUCUAGACAGCGACGGGGGAUGCG